GGACUAAGGGCCACGAGGUUAGACUGAUUCAUACCGGUAGAAAAGCAGCGUGGAUCCGUUCAUGGUGCGGAUUUGGGCAAUAUGAUAUUUUGUCACAGCUAGAAAACGUCCGCACAUCUGUCCUGACAUGACUGAAAAGCAAAACGUUUAGCUCUCACAGAGAUGGAAGGGCCAGAGAGGACAGAAUGUGUGGGAAAUGGAGAAUCGCCUGUGGUUUGUACAGUUACAACCUUGAGAGACGUCUUCACAUGGCGUCUGCUGAAGACCAUCCUCAUGGGGCAGUUCCUGUCCCUGCUGAUCUGUGGGACAGCAGUGAGCUGUCAGUAUCUGGUCAGAAACGUUGAUACUCCCAUGUUGCAGAGCUUCUUGAACUACGCCCUGCUGCUGCUCACCUACACCUCAAUCCUCAUCACACGCAAAGGUGAUGGGAACAUCCUGCAGAUUUAAAGACCAAGUGUUGAAGUAUUUGGUGAUGGGUGUGCAGAUGUGGAGGCAAACUAUGCAGUGGUGAAGGCGUACCAGUACACCACCCUGACCAGUAUACAGCUGCUGGACUGCUUCGUGAUCCCCGUGCUGAUUGCUGCUCUCCUGGAUCACCUGAAGACUCGCUACAAGCCGGUGCACUUCGUGGCCGUGAUGGUGUGUUUGUUGGGCGUGGGGGCCAUGGUGGGAGCCGACAUUCUGGCUGGAAGAGCCCGGGGAUCCGCUACUGACGUGAUUCUGGGUGACAGCUUGGUCCUGCUCAGUGCUGCCCUCUAUGCUGUAUCCAACCUGUGCCAGGAGCACACGGUGAAGAACUUGAGCCGAGUUGAAUUCCUGGGCAUGAUGGGACUCUUUGGGACUGUCAUCAGUGGCAUUCAGCUUGCCGUCCUGGAGACUCACGCAGUCGCAGAAAUCAAGUGGGAUCUUCGCAUUUCGCUGCUGUUUGCCGGUUACGCCUUGUGCAUGUUCGUGUUGUACAGCUUCAUGCCGGUGGUGGUGAAGAUGACCAGCGCCACCGCAGUCAACCUCUCUCUGCUCACCGCUGACCUCUUCAGCCUCUUCUGCGGCAUCUUCCUCUUCCACUACACGUUCUCAGCCCUGUACAUCGUCUCGUUCGUCGUCAUCACCGUGGGUUUCGUCAUGUUCAACGCCGUCCCGACUUACACGGCUUUACCCGAAGAACCCGUUGAAGUUUCCGCCGACCAGACGGCUGAGAGCUCCUCGGAUCACCUGCUGGCUGCAGACUGUCAGAGAACUGAACCACUCACUGCAGUCGCUGCACUAUGACCACAGAAUGGGAUUAUUAUUCCCUUUGUUUUGAUCCGUUUAUUACAGAAGUUCAUUUUCCUUCCUCUAAGUUCUCCUGUUUAUGAUGCUUUGCUUUUUCUUUUUGGAGACAUUUUUCAUUCCUGCUGAUGUUACAUCAUUUUAAAAAGUGAUCAGAUGUCACCUGUUACUGCACUUCUACUUGAUGUCAACUUGUUAAGCACCAGUACGACUCUUAUUUAUUGUUCCAGUGACAUUUCACUCCUUUAUUUUAUUAUUAUGUCUGUUGUAUUGCAAAAUAUGUGCUGUUUUACUAUCCACUGACACUUUUUUUUAAUUUGAAAACCGACAAAUCAAAGUUAUAUUUUUGUUGCCUCUGAGGCUGUUACAAAGUUUAUCGUCAUGUCUUUUGGUAAAUUACCAAAUAUACCAUUAAUCUCAUGGCUUUGUUUGCCCUGAAUUUCCAAAAGUAUAUUAUAUUAGUAUGCAGGAGGAGUUUUACUUUUUUACUAUUAAAUUCAUUUUUAUAUUCUUUUGA